GGGGCCAGUUAUUAACACUCUCUUUCUGUUUCUUGUCUUUAGUUACACUAAGGGAGAAUUAGAUAUUUCCUACAUUACCUCCAGAAUCGUCGUGAUGUCCUUUCCUGCAGAAGGCGUUGAAUUAGGAUUCAGGAAUCAAAUAGAAGAUGUCCGGACCUUCUUGGAUUCCAGGCAUCCUGACCAUUAUACAGUGUUCAAUCUAUCCCCCAAAUCAUAUCGCAGUGCCAAGUUUCACAACAGGGUCUCAGAAUGCAGUUGGCCAAUGCGACAGGCCCCGAGCCUUCACAAUCUCUAUGCUGUGUGUAAAAACAUGCACAAUUGGCUUCAACAGAACCCCAAGAAUGUCUGUGUCAUCCACUGCAUGGAUGGACGUGCUGCCUCGGCAGUUCUGGUUAGUGCAAUGUUUUGUUUCUGUCAUCUCUUCUCUAAUCCAGUCCCUGCUAUUCAGUUGCUAAAUGCAAAGCGACCCGGAAUCGGACUUUGGCCAUCCCAUAGGAGAUACAUAGGAUAUAUUUGUGACCUCAUAGCUGACAAACCUGUCAUUCCCCACUGUAAACCUCUCACGGUGAAAUCAGUCACCCUCAGCCCUGUCCCUUGUUUCAACAAACAGAGGAAUGGAUGCCGUCCCUUUUGUGAUAUACUCAUCGGAGAAACCAAAAUAUUUACAACUUCCUUGGACUAUGAAAGGAUGAAAGAAUUCCGGGUCCAAGAAGGCAAAGUUGUCAUUCCAUUAGGUGUCACGGCUCAUGGCGAUGUGGUGGUGUCUGUUUACCAUAUGAGAUCAACCAUCGGGGGACGGUUGCAGGCUAAAAUGACCAACACUCAAAUAUUCCAGAUUCAGUUCCACACGGGAUUUGUACCCCUGGGUACAACGGUGUUGAAAUUCACUAAGCCUGAGUUGGAUGCAUGUGACUCUCCAGAAAAAUACCCGCAGCUGUUCCAUGUUAUUUUGGAGAUUGAAAUUGAACCUAAUGACAGGCAGACAGAUUUAACUCCGCCCUGGGAAAAUUUCUCCACAAAAGACAUCAGUCCCAGCAUCCUCUUCUCUUCUCAUCAGGAGCAGCAAGACACUCUGGCCUCAGCAGGUAGAGCCUCAGCAGAUGUUCCUCCAGACCACCCAAGGCAUGCUGGGCAGGGUGCUUUCUUUUCAUCUCUUAACUGGCAAGAUCAGAAGUCCGACAAGGCCAGCAGUCAUCCCACCUCUGAGGACCGAGCGGCGCUGGUGCACGAGGAGAGCGAACAGUCCGAUGAUGAGCUCCUUUCUCUCUCAAGCCAGCACAGUAACGCCAGUGGGGACAAGCCCCCCGCAGCAGCAUCGAAACAUAACAAAAAGCAACAGGAGGCCCCUCCCCCUGCGCCCCCUGAAGAUGUGGACCUUCUGGGGCUGGAGGGAAGUCCGAGCAAGGCUUUCUCUUCUCAGCCUGUGGCUCCCCCCACCAAUUCGGACUUGUUGAGUGACCUGUUUGGGGGUGGAGGUCAGGCCGGACCUCCAGGGGUGGAGGAUGUGUUCCAUCCAAGUGGAGCAGGAUCAGCCCACUCAACACCCCGACGGUCUGCAGCUUCUGGCUCGCCGUCUCCCUCCGCAAGAGGGGGAGAAGCUGCAACCUUUGACCCAUUUGGAGCUCCAUCCAAACCAUCUGGUCCCGAUUUACUGGGUUCUUUUCUGAGCACAUCAAACGCCUCUAGUGACCCCUUUCUUCAGGCCAGAAGUCCUUCACCUACAGUUCACAGCGAUCCCUUUAAUUUAGCUUCCAGCACGCCCACCGUUUCCAUCCAGCCAGAUGUUUCGGGAGGUUGGGACUGGCCCAGUAAGCCAGGUGGUUUUGGAAUGGGAAGCAAGUCUGCUGCCACCAGCCCCACGGGAUCCAUGCACAACACCCCCACGCAUCACAGCAAACCGCAGUCUCUGGACCCAUUUGCUGACCUUGGCGCCCUUGGGGCCAACUUAGCAGGUAGUUCUGCAUUUGCUAGCAAGCCCACCACACCAACCGGGUUAGGGGGAGGAUUCCCUCCACUUAGCUCGCCACAGAAGCCAUCUCCCCAGCCAAUGGGUGGGGGAUGGCAACAGGGGUCUGGCUACUCAUGGCAGCAAACUCAAUCCAAGUCACAGACCAGCAUGCCCCACGCCUCUCCCCAGAACAGACCGAACUACAACGUCAGCUUCUCGUCAAUGCCAAGUGGUCAGAAUGACCGUGGAAAAGGACCUUCCAAUUUGGAGGGGAAAUCAAAAACAGCUGAUUUUGAAGACCUUCUGUCUGGUCAAGGCUUCAAUGCUCACAAAGAUAAAAAGGGACCCAGAACAAUAGCUGAAAUGAGAAAGGAAGAAAUGGCAAAAGAAAUGGACCCUGAGAAACUGAAGAUCCUGGAAUGGAUUGAAGGGAAGGAGAGGAACAUCAGGGCCCUGCUCUCCACCAUGCAUACAGUGCUGUGGGCAGGAGAGACCAAGUGGAAGCCGGUGGGCAUGGCUGACCUCGUCACCCCUGAGCAGGUGAAGAAGGUUUACCGGCGGGCCGUGCUCGUGGUCCAUCCAGACAAAGCUACGGGGCAGCCAUACGAACAAUACGCGAAGAUGAUCUUCAUGGAGCUGAAUGACGCCUGGUCUGAAUUUGAAAAUCAAGGCCAAAAGCCCUUGUAUUAACCUGUUCUUUCCUCUGUCUCCGCUACAGACCUAGGCUAAUGCUUCUUUCUCUUGUCCCGACGGAGAUUUUCACAGAUGAACCCAAAUGAGACACCCCUCAAGAGCAAACAAUUAAAUUUUCUGCCUGUCCGGUCCCUGAUGAAUAAAGAAUUCUGGAUGUUUUCACCAGAAACCUUCCAGAAUGUGACCCGACAAUUAUACGCCACGGCCCCAAGGAAUCUGCGGCAAUAUGUACCAAACAGAUCGUUUGAAUGUCUUGGGAUUGGGGGAGUGGGCAGGAGAGAUGGUGUACACUGGAUCAGAGGUGACCUUCAUCUCCUUGCCCAAGAAGGGGUAGAAUUUUUGUUCUUUAGGAAAAAGGGAGGGAAACAUUUCAGGUAAGGAAAUCACCCUGAUGGAAACCGGGAAGUUCUUUUAGGUGUUGGUUUUCUCCAUGUCACCAGAUCAGACAGAUUUGAGCAGAACCAAACCAUUUGGAUAUGUACUUCUGCCUAAAGCAUCAUUCUAUACUGUUAUUUUGGUUCAUCAGCCAUUUGGAAAGAGUGGGACUCCAUUAGGCUGUCCAUUGAUUAUAACGUGAUUUGGCUUGAUCAGUUCAAGGGGAGUCCUCAGCUCCAUUUCUAUUUUUCAAGCUAUGGUUAAUAAUCUUUUGGAAACCCACCAUUGAGUAGUUUUGUGCCAGAUGGAAGGGAAUCUUUUUUUCCUUUAAUUCGUAUCCCAGAGGGGUAGAUUGCCCCAUGAUUUUUUUCCUAGUCCCAAGUGUUGUCCUUGUCUAGAAGCAGGUUCUGAAGGAGUUGGCAUUAUCAGAAUUUGCACUCAGAAGAAACUCUGCCUUCCUGAGGAUCUAGGAAGCAAAGAAUUGGAAGGGUUGGUACUUAGAAAACUGCAAGUUUGCUCCCAUACCAAGUCAAAUGAUUUGCCAAUGUUUCCUUGCCUGUUAUUCACCUGGGGAAGUCUGGGACCCCGUCCUGGACAGCUCCUUCCAGAAGGCUAAUUGGUUUGAAAGGAGCAGAAACAUUCACCUCCUUGCAGAUGGUCCAGGGAAAAAGAGAAGCUGCUUAGCCCUUCUCCAAGGUGGAAUUCAGCCCACAGUGGGGCUUCUCACACCUAUCCUGGCUCAACCCAAUCUCACCUCCUCUUUCUUUACUUCAUUCAUUCAGUAGGUCCAACAGACAGACAGAUAAGAAGAUUUCGGGGCUCAUUCUUUAGAGAAAAUUCCAUAUCAAAAACCAUGGUGAUAUCAAGUUGGUGUUUUUAAAGACAAUCAUUUCUUUUCCCAUUUUAAUUUCCUUAUGGCACUGAAAAUACUGAAAAAGCAGCAUGUCAAAAUACAUCCUGUUUGGUAGGGCACCGUUCCUCCUCCUGCUCCUCUUCAUCACUGGGUCCUCCCCUCUCCCCUUUCUGGUUGUAUAGGGUCCAUAUUUAUUUACUGCCAUUUACCGAUGAUGUGAAUCUUGCAAAUGAUGUUCUUCCCCCUUCCCUUCUAUACAAACAUAAAGCAUUUGAGGUAACCAUAACCAACUGGAUGUUAUUUAUUAACCAGUUCAGAAACAAUGUUUUGGUCCAGUCUGUGCUUGUCCUCUUUGACUCUGGAAUGUGAGCCUCCAUGGUCCUGUGACUUGUUUUGUUCUCAUCCUCAUCUUGUAGAUAUUGUGUGACCGACGCCUAUAUAAUACUACUAUUAAUAAAAGAAAAAGGAUCUCCUGUGGAUGUAAUGUACAUUUUGAAAUGAUAGAAGUCUAUUAGCUUUGUAUCAUGUUUGGGCUAACCCAUCGGUGUUCAUGGCUCCCAGCAUCAUUACCUUUAUGUCCUCAGCAAAGAGAGAGAGGCUCUUUCCUGACCUGAACCAUUUGGGUUCCCCGCCAUGUUUGCUUUCUGGAUGCAUUAAUUCUGGACCCCCGGCUGAUCUCGUAACUCUUAACUUAUACGGAACAAGAGGUUUUUGCAUUCCUUUGACAUAUUUGGUAGCGACAGCUUGCUGAUGUUCAGGUCAAUUGUUCACUUAGGAAAAAAAUAUUGUAAUAUAUAUUUUUUUGUAAAUAUACUCUACACAAUGAAAUGUGUGAUUGGUCUCAGACAUUUGUAAUAUAUAUAUAUUAAAAAGCUCAAACAGUAUUUGUUAUAAA